UGCAAAGCACGCAAGUUGACAACAAAAGACAUUUUACCGCAAAAGCGAAGUUUUUGUGACAAAUUCCAUGAGACAGCCGAGUUUUUUGGCAUUUUAUCGCUGGGAGUGAGUCGACUAAUUGUUUCGGAGCAUUGGUUCGGUCUGAAUUAUGAAGAGACGAAAUGCUGAAAUCGGUAAGAUGAGAAGACCCAUGAAAAGGAACAAAAUCACCGAAGGGAUUUACGGAAGUACUCUCCUGUACCUGAAGUUUCUGAUUUUAUGGGUAUUGGUAAUUCUGGCCGAUUUCAUCCUGGAGUUUAGAUUUGAGUUCCUAUGGCCGUUUUAUUUGCUGCUGCGUUCGGUCUAUGACUCCUUCAAAUACCAAGGCCUGGCCUUUUCGAUUUUUUUCGUGUGCAUUGCGCUCACUUCGGACAUGCUGUGCUUCUUCUUUAUCCCGGUUCAUUGGCUCUUCUUUGCCGCCAGUACGUAUGUCUGGGUCCAGUACGUUUGGCACACAGACAAGGGCAUAUGUGCACCCACCAUUAUUCUAUGGGUGCUUUUUGUGUAUUUGGAGGCGGCAGUGCGGCUGCGAGACGUCAAACACAUGCCGGGGCAUCUGGACCUGUGCCGCCCCUUUGCCGCCCAUUGCAUCGGCUAUCCCGUCGUCACUUUAGGGUUCGGGUUCAAAUCCUACAUAGGGUAUAGGAUGAGGCAGCGCAAGCAGCGCGACGUAGCGAAAGAGAAUGAAUUUUACAUGCAGCUGAUGCAACAGGCGUUGCCCAUGGACGCCAUAACGCCGCCGCCUGCUGUACAGCCGCCCCCGGAGCCAGUCUCCACAGCCAUCGUACCUGCCCCCGUACAAAACGCCAAAGUACAUAAUAAUAAGUUGCACGAGAAAAACGGCCACAUCCCGAAUGGGACGAUAGCCAACGGCGUACACGCGACCAAAUCACAUCAUAGAAAGUCUGUUGAUAAAUGUAAAGAACACGACGAACACAACAGACAUUCGGAUAAGCACAUAGAUAGACAAAGACAAGUUAAUCAUUCGCACAGUAAUGGAACGGCGGUUGGUGCCGGCGCCGAAGAACUCACUUCUACUACGGCAACGAUGACCGCUACCAUUCAAGAACACGAAACGAGACCGACGAGAAGAAGAGAAAAGAAAGAACAGGAUAAGGAGAGGGAAGCAGCUGAGUAUCUGCAAAAGCUCGAGGCCGACGCUAAAAGGCUGCGGGCGGACCUACAAAGUAGCAGAGCCAGUGAGCAAGAACUCAGGCUGCAGGUUGCCGCUCUCACCACAAGUGAGAAAGUAAUUAAGGGCGAACUGACAGCGAUGCAACGCGAGAUCGAAGACAUGCAGCAGCGGUAUCAAAGUGUUGCAAGUUCACGCGCUUCCGAUAAACAGACGAUCAGCAACUUGGAACGUCGAGUGGCUGAAGAAAGGCGAGCGAGAUGCAGUCUAGAAUCGCAAUUAAAUCAAGAGCGUAAGAAUAGAAAACAAGAGGAGGCCCGAGCGGCUCAAGUGGUGGCGCAGUCGUCGCGAGGCGAAUGUACGGAGGCGUGUCGAGCACGUCGUAGGGAAUUAGAGGCGGAAUUGAGCGAAUGUCGGACAACGAAGCAUUGGGCCGAAGAACGGUAUGCCGCGCUGGAACGCGAAAAUGCCGCCCUAGUCGACCAGCUCCGUGACAUGGACAUACUCAUGACAGCCCUUUCGGCGAUGCAAGAGAAAAAUGCCCAUUUAGAAAAUUCUUUAUCGGCUGAGACGCGCAUCAAGCUCGACCUGUUCAGCGCCUUGGGCGAGGCGAAACGCCAACUCGAAAUCAGAGAAAGCUCUAACAGAACGCAAGAGCGCGAGAUCGAAGAGUUGAAGAGCAAAAUCGCGCAAGUGUUGGCUGUGAUGCCGAACGACAGUUUCGGCGGUCCGACGGUGCCGACGAGCAACAUGUCGAGAGUUCGUUUGGCUGAAAGUCCGCCCGGUUCGACCCUCGAUCCGAACGCCACGGCCUACACCCCUAAGAGUUCUCUUGUCGCUUCCACCGAAGCCUAGUUGACCUCUUAACGCUCCCCACCUGACUCCGUACUGAACCCGGUAUCGACUGCUAUUGUUUAUUGUUGCGUUAAGUCGCGUAUGUUUCGUAAUAGUCUCGUUUAGUAGCUUAUUUAAUGUGAUAUAAUUUAUGAAACGGUACCUUGAUCAUGAGGCAAACCCCUCCUCUAUUUUUUGUUUGUUUAUAUAAUUUAAGCAUAAAGGUACUGAGUUUUUCUGACAGUUGGGUCGCGAUUGGCAGACUAAUGAUCUCUAUUUUGUUGUUUUUUUCUUUGAUUAUCCGUUCUGUUGGAAAUCAGGGGAUUUGGAUAGAAUCACGUCCGUUUUUUUUUGUUGUUGAGUAUUGCAUUGAGAAUAACAUACUAACACAAGAAUAGAAGUUUUUUUUUAUUUUGAAAGUGCCGUUUAACAGCUAUCUGGGAUUUUUGUUUUACGUGUUUAAUAAAAGGUGAUAAUUUUUGGAAACGUCAAAAAUGUACUUAAUAUAUUUUUUUAAUUGUUUUUAGUUGAGACAUGAUUUGUUUUCUUUUUACUGCAAAUACAGUAAUAUUCUUUUUUAAAGGUUUUUCUUUAUUUGGUUCCUUUAAUUUUGUAGCUUUUGAGGCGAACAACUAUGUCGGGGAUUCCCUAAGACGAUCUGUUAUUUAUUUGCCAUAUUUAUUUUUUCUUUUGUAUACUGGUAGUAUUUAUUUUUUUUACUGUUGCAAACUUUUAUUUCAUAAAUAAACACUAUUACAGCUUUU